CAAAAAAGAAAAUAAAACAAAAAAAACUUCGUGGGCCUGAAGACUGCUUACAUGGGCCUUGGGUAUUUGUUGUUAGCCCAUAUCUCUUUCUCUUGCCGUCCAAUGUCAAUCUCUCACUCGUCUUCCACUUUCCCUCGAAACUCCAAUCUUUCAUUGCAUUGCACACGAGUACUCACCCUCCAAAUUCAGAAAAUCAGAAGGGAAAAUGUUGAGACAGGCCCAAAGAUUCCUCCUGAGCAGAGCCGCUAUGAGGUGGCGACGCCCAUUCUCCACCGAUCUUGCGGAGGCACCCGCAGACUCGAAAUUCGUUGACACCUGGAAGAAAGCGGUCCCGAACAUUGACCCACCGAAGACUCCGUUGGCAUUCAUGACCCCUCGCCCACCAACCCCUUCGACCAUUCCAUCUAAGCUCACUGUCAAUCUCGUUCUCCCUUACGAUUCCCUAUUAUCCGCGAAAGAGGUUGAUAUGGUCAUAGUCCCAGCUACAACUGGGCAGAUGGGUGUUUUGCCUGGCCACGUUGCUACAAUUGCUGAGCUGAAGCCCGGUGUGCUAUCGGUUCAUGAAGGUAACGAGGUAAAAAAAUAUUUUCUCAGCAGUGGGUUUGCUUUUAUCCAUGCAAAUUCUGUUGCGGAUAUAAUGGCCGUUGAGGCCACACCACUCGACCAAAUUGAUUCGAGCCUGGUUCAGAAAGGCCUCACGGAGUUCACACAGAAACUAAACGCAGCAUCGACCGACGUGGAGAAGGCCGAAGCACAAAUCGGGGUUGAUGUACACAGUGCCCUCAAUGCUGCUCUCGCUGGUUAAGACUAGAAGAGAAGCAAGUCUUCAGUCCAUUUAAAUUUUCUGUUCUUUGUCGUCUGCCUGAUUUUUUUCUUGUUUCCGUGUUUUUAAUGCUGGUUUCCAUCUCAUUUUAAACAAAUUUCUCGGAGGCCUGAUGUAAAAGAAUUUCUUGAAAUAAUUAUGCAAACGAAGUGGAUAGUAAAUGUUUUUCUUGAACAUGUGAUACAUGCCAGAUAAUUUGACUGAAUUUCAGGUUUUUUGCCAGUAUUUUACUUGAACACGUUUUUAUUGUUCA